AUGUCCAGCAUAAGUGCUAUUCGAGUUGCUGCUCGGGCUCAACCUGCCAAACAAGCCAUAAUUUUUCUGCAUGGUUUGGGCGAUUCUGGUUCUGGAUGGUCGUUCUUUGCUGAAUUCUUACAGAGAGAUGCUCUUUUCAAACACACCAACUUUGUUUUCCCCAACGCACCGGUACUAAAUAUCACUGCUAAUGGGAACUACCCUAUGCCUGCAUGGUUCGAUAUCCGUGAAUGGGAAGAAGUUCAGUCAAGGCCUGAUGUGGAUGGAUUUUUAAAGUCCUUGGAUACAGUGCGUAAAUUGAUAGACGAACAGGUGGAAAAUGGAAUUGCAGCCGAAAAUAUCGUGGUGGGUGGAUUUUCGCAGGGUGCUUCGCUGGCGCUAGCAAGUGCGAUGUCGCUUCCCGUCAAGAUCGGCGGGGUUGUUGCACUUUCGGGCUUCUCCAUGAUUAAUGACAAGCUGUUGGAAUUGAAGCAACCAAUCAACAAAGACACACCUGUUUUCCACGGACAUGGGUCCGCAGAUCCGGUCAUAUCAUUGGAAAUGGGACAGCGAGCUCAAAAGUUCUAUACGGGACCCGGUGGACUAACGCGCUACACCAUGAAGGUCUAUCCAGGCAUGCCACAUAGCACAUGCCCGCAAGAGAUUGACGACGUGGUGAGUUUUCUACGUGCGUCGCUGAACUUAGGUAAUUAG